UUUAUAGAAUGAAAUGUGGUGCUCUAAGCAAACAGCCGAACAGAUUGCAGGGGAUCGACUCACUCAUCGACGCACGCCAACGGUCAACUCGCAAGCCUUAGCCGCCUGCCGCCCUACCCCUUCUCAGUGCUGUGCGCUGCACGGCUGCACCGGCUUCCCGGCAGCACCGCGUGCACUUCUGUGUACCUUCAACUUCGAGGCGGCGAUUCCUAUUUCUGCCCAGUGCCCAGCCCCUUCGUCCCUUCUCACCUCAUUCCCUUCUGACAUUUAAAGUUGGGAGCAAUGCCGCAAGUAAGGAUCGUCGCAAAGAAUUUCAUGGACAUGGUGGCUUCACUACCUGCAGUGAAGCUUGAUAACCUCUACGAUAACCCUUUCAUCUGUGAAGCCAUUCUCAGAUCAUUACCUCCUGUGGCAAAGAAGUACGUGCUUCAACUGUUAUUCAUAGAUUCACCAACUUCAGCCAAGUCUGUUGAGGAAUGGGUACUACCGGAUGGAUCUACCAAGCAUAAAGUAGCCAUCGAUAGAUUAGUACAGUUGAGGUUAUUGGGUGAAACUAUUGACAGGAAAAAGGAUAAAUCCUAUCAAUUACAUCCAAAGUUCCAAUUCAAUCUUCGAAAGCACAUAGUCCAUGGUGGAGUUUUACCAAGAGAACCGAUGCCCUCAAGUAUCACUGUGAGGCUUCCUACAUUGGAGGAUUUAGAUGCAUAUGCCACAGAACAGUGGGAGUGUUUCAUGCUACACCUUAUGAGCUCCACAGAAGCUGGCAAGACAAUAAACAUAAGGCCUUCUAUGAUGAAAGUUUUCCAGCGUGGUCUUAUGAGUCAAAGAGAUGACCGAGAGCAACCAAAAUUGACUGAAAGUGGAUUUCAGUUUUUGUUGAUGGAUACUAAUGCACAGCUUUGGUAUAUCAUCAGGGAGUACAUAACCAAUGCAGAGGAAGGUGGAGUGGAUUCUGCAGAUCUUAUAGCAUUUCUUUUGGAGCUCAGUUUCCAUGUUGCAGGGGAGGCGUACAACACGAACACAUUAACUGAUGUCCAGCGAAAUAUAUUAAGGGACCUUUCUGAUCUGGGACUUGUCAAACUACAGCAGUGAAUAUCCUCCCCCGUUCAGGGACGGAAAGAGAGUUGGUUUAUACCUACCAAAUUUGCUACCAACCUUUCAAUUAGCCUGUCAGAGACGUCGUCGAGGAAACAGGGAUUCGUUGUCGUUGAAACAAACUUCAGGCUGUAUGCGUAUUCCUCGUCAAAAUUACAUUGUGAGAUCCUACGCCUUUUUGCUAGAGUGGAGUACCAGCUUCCGAAUCUCAUUGUUGGUGCUAUUACAAAAGAAAGCUUGUACAAAGCUUUUCAAAAUGGCAUCAGUUCUGAUCAGAUAAUUUAUUUCCUACAACAGAAUGCACAUCCAAGGGUUGCUGAGAAAAUACCAUCUGUUCCAGAAAAUGUCACAGAUCAGAUUAGGCUGUGGGAAUCAGAUUUGAACAGGAUUGAAAUGACGCCAGCCCAUAUUUAUGAGGAAUUCCCCUCAAGAGAUGCUUUCGAGUCUGCUUGUGAUUUUGCUAGAGAAUAUGGAGGACUGUUGUGGGAGGACUCGAAGCGAAUGCGGGUUAUUGUAAAGGAAGAUAUUCAUGCUAUCAUGAAAGACUUUGUUCGUAAAAAGCAAUAGGUCAUCGUUGUUUAACUUUUUAUGAAUGUUGGUUAAUCAUUUAUAUGUUCAGUUAGUCUCGGUGGAACUUGGAACUCUAAACUCCGAAGUAUGUCAACAUCUUUUACCGUUUGGGUACUAUCUCUAAGGGUAUGUUUGGGAGUUUGAAGGGAGGGGGAGGGGAGGGGAAGGAAAGGGGAGGAGACCCUUCUUGUUUGGGAGUAACAAAUUUGAAAAGACAUAGAGGUUGUGAAUGAGUUAUAAUUCAAAUCAUUUCACAUAUACGAUGAAUUGAAAUAGUUGAAUAUAUAUAUUGAUUUAAAAUUGAGCUAAAAUUGUCAUUUAAUUAACAAUCCUUCAAAAUCCUCCAAUUUGGGGAACUUGAAAAUGGAGCAUUUGAAGGGUUUUAGAGGGUUACAAAAGCUCUCCAAAACCAUUCCCUCCAUAUUUUUAAACUCCCAAACAUGAAAGGGAGGGGCAUGAACCCUUGUCAACCUUCCCCUCCAAAAUCCAACUUCCAAACACAUCCUAGGACUAGCAAAAUAUCGGAAAUGUAUACU